UUUUAAUCUUGAUGACUAUGGCUUACAGCUCACAGAAAUCAAAAAUCCAGUAACUCAAAAUAUUAGAAUGAAGAAUUUAUAAUACAGAAAUGUUGAAUCUUCUGAAAAGUAUGUUAAUUUAUGCACUGAUACUCUGUCAGGGUUUUAAUCCUUUUGCAUGAAUUACUGCAUCAGUGCGGCGUGGCAUGGAGGCGAUCAGCCUGUGGCACUGCUGAGGUGUUCUGGAAGCCCAGGUUGCUUUGAUAGCGGCCUUCAGCUCGUCUGUAUUGUCGGGUCUGGUGUCUCUCAUGGAUUCUCUAUGGGGUUCGAGUCAGGAGAGUCAGCUGGCCAAUCAAGCACAGUAAUACCACGGUCAGCAAACCAGUUACUAGUAGUUUUGGCACUGUGGGCAGGUGCUGAGUCCUGCUGGAAAAGGAAAUCAGUAUCUCCAUAAAGCUCGUCAGCAGAUGGAAGCAUGAAGUGCUCUAAAAUCUCCUGGUAGACGCUGCAUCGACUCUUGACUUGAGAAAACACAGUGGACCAACACCAGCAGAUGACAUGGCAACCCAAAUCAUCACUGACUGUGGAAACGUCACACUGGACUUCAAGCAGCUUGGAUUCUGUUCCUCUCCACUCUUCCUCCAGACUCUGGGACCUUGAUUUCCAAAUGAAAUGCAAAAUUUACUCUCAUCUUCCCCGUGAUUGUGGUUGUGUGUACUGAACCAGACUGAGAGAUUAAAGCCUCAGGAAACCUUUGCAGGUGUUUUGAGUUAAUUCGCCGUUUAGACCUCUUCUCAGGUCAACAUUUCUGUAUUAUACAUUCUAUAUUCGAAUAUUUUGAGAUACUGCAUUCUUGAUUUCCAUGAUGUAAUGUAAUGUUCGAUUAACAUGUCACUGAAUGUAUUCUAUUCUCCACUGGUUUCUAUUCACGAGGAAGCAAAAUGUGCUGAAAGCUACAGUCACGUUUAAAUGUAAAUUGUAGUAGUUUAAAACGAUUACUUAAAAAGUGCAAUCAAAUCCUGUUGACUGACAUUUUUCACUCUACAUGCCAUUCCCAUUAAUUUCACUUCCUAAUCAAACCUCACUAUGUCAGUAUGUGUUUAUGAGCUCCUUCCUCUGCCACCUGUGGCCUAAUUGUUCCACACUAUUGUUAAAUUCCCAUUUAACUGAAUCACUACAAAAUUGCUAAAUAAAACAGGAAAUCCACACACAUUUUUAUGUGUUAUUUUACGAGUUAUGUACGUGUGUGUGUGUGUGUGUGUGUGUGUGUGUGUGUGUGUGUGUACACAUGCCAGCCGGAACUCCUGUUGUUUUUUCCUCUAUGAUUUAAUCCCUCAUUCACACACAAUGGGCAAUGAGAGGGCAACUCUUUCAUCCUCAUUCUACACCUUUGCAACAGAUUUCCAUCAGUAUGUUGUGUGUUUAAAUGAACUAUUCUCUGUGCUGGAAUGCACUUCCAGUUCUUCACAUAUCUGUGACUUUGUCAGUUCCUCUGUUCCCUACCACCCCCACCACGCACACACCUCUGGCUGCCCAAGCCACAGGGUGGAGGAAACUGACUUUCCUGGAAUUGUCGGGAUAAAGCUUAUUUUUCCUGUUCGGAGGUGAAACAAGAGACAGGCCGAAACAGACAUUAGACACAACUACCAUCCCAGAACUAAGCCAAUUAGAAUGGAAGUCAGUGUGUGCGCAUGUGUAUGUGCUGCGUAGGGCUGAAACGAUGCAAGCUGUUAGGCUGCUUUCGCCAAAGCUGUCUACAUGAGGCUCUGUGUGUUGAGCCUCUUGCCACUUUCUCGAUUUGGGUCGCUUGGCUUGAUCAUCAGGAGAGAUGUCGCUGCUGUCUGGUCUCGGGAGAAAUCCAUUGAUAGCUGCUUGGCUCUCCCGGAUUUUGCUAAUGCCAUUCCCUCUUCGCUCCACCUAAAAAGGAUGGAAAGCCUGGAGUCGGAGCUGACGUGCCCGAUCUGCCUGGAGCUGUUUGAGGACCCCCUGCUGCUGCCCUGUGCCCACAGUCUGUGUUUCAACUGUGCUCGCCGCAUCCUGGUCUCGCAUUGCACUUCAGGUGAGCCAGUCGACGCCAUCUGCGCCUUCCAGUGCCCCACGUGCCGUUAUGCCAUCUCACUGAGCCCACAGCGUGGCCUGGACGCACUCAAGCGCAACGUCACCCUCCAAAAUAUCAUCGAUCGUGUCCAAAGGGCUUCCACUUCUGCCACUCUUCUUCUGUCCUCCAGCGGGCACAGUUCACCAGGUGACAGCCCUCUAGGUGCCAUGACGACUGCCACUGCACCCUCCUCACCCACUGAGCUGGUGCAGUGCCAGUUUUGUGAGCAGGAACCACCACAGUGUGCUGUGAAGACCUGCGUAACAUGUGAGGUGUCUUACUGCGAGGAAUGCCUGCGCGCCACCCACCCCAACAAGAAACCAUUCACUGGACAUCGCCUCAUUGAACCUUUGCCUGACUCGCACCUCAGAGGUCUGCAGUGUCUUGAACAUGAGGAGGAGAAAGUGAACAUGUACUGUGUCACGGAUGAGCAGCUCAUCUGCUCCCUCUGCAAGCUGGUGGGACGCCACCGUGACCACCAGGUGGCAGCGCUACAUGAGCGCUACGAGAAACUGAAGCAAACAUUGGACUCCAACCUCAGCAAUUUGAUCAAGAGGAGCAAUGAGUUGGAAUCACUAAUGGGGAAGCUGAUUCAGACCUGUCAGCAUGUGGAGAUGAACGCAUCACGACAGGAAGGAAAGCUGAUGGAAGAAUGCGACAUCUUGAUCAGCUUAAUUCAGGAGAGGAGACAGAUUAUUGGUGCCAAAAUCAAAGAGGGCAAGGCGGUUCGACUGCGUAAACUAGCACAACAAAUUGCCAAUUGCAAGCAGUGCAUCGAGCGAUCUUCUGCUCUCAUAACUCAAGCAGACCAGAUGCUGAAAGAAACCGACCAUGCUCGCUUCCUCCAGACUGCCAAGAGCAUCUCAGAGCGAGUCUCGAUGGCUACAGCGUCAUCUCAGGUCCUGAUACCCGAGAUUAAUCUGACGGACACAUUUGACACUUUCGCGCUGGAUUUUACCAGAGAGAAAAAGAUGCUUGAAAGUCUUGAUUACCUAACAGCGCCCAGUCCUCCAGGUAUCCGAGAAGAGCUCUGCACAGCGUCCUAUGACACCAUAACUGUGCACUGGACAUCUGAUGAUGAGUUCUCUGUAGUUUCUUAUGAGCUUCAGUACACCAUCUUUACUGGCCAGUCAAAUAUUGUCAGUCUCUGCAACUCUGCUGACAGCUGGAUGAUUGUGCCCAAUAUCAAGCAGAACCACUACACCGUUCAUGGCCUGCAGAGUGGCACCAAGUACAUCUUCAUUGUCAAGGCCAUUAAUCAGGCAGGAAGUCGCAGCAGUGAGCCUGGGACACUCAAAACCAACAGUCAGCCAUUUAAGCUUGACCCAAAGUCAGCACACAGGAAGCUAAAAUUGUCCCAUGACAACCUGACGGUGGAGCGUGAUGAGAUAUCCUCAAAGAAGAGCCACGGUCAGGAGCGCUUCAGCAGCCAAAGCAGCUAUGGUGUCAUAGGAAACGUGUACAUCGACAGUGGCCGCCAUUAUUGGGAGGCACUAAUUGGAGGGAGCACUUGGUAUGCUGUGGGCAUAGCCUAUAAGUCAGCACCCAAGCACGAGUGGAUUGGGAAGAACCCUUUGUCAUGGGUGCUGUGCCGGUGCAACAAUUCCUGGGUGGUGCGCCACAACAGCAAAGAGAUGGCCAUUGACCCCUCACCACACCUGAGACGAGUCGGUGUGCUCCUGGACUAUGAUGCCGGCUCGCUGGCUUUCUAUGAUGCCGUGAGCUCUCAGCACCUCCACACCUUCCAUAUCACCUUCACCCAGCCGGUUUGCCCUGUGUUUAAUGUCUGGAACAAAUGUCUUACAGUCCUAACAGGCCUCCCUAUCCCAGAUCAUUUGGAAGGUGUAGAGGCUUUCAACUGAGGCUGUGGUGUUUCUUUCUAAAUAAAAUAGUGGACCUUGGGCUGCUUUGGUUUGCUUUCAGCUCUGGCCAUGACCUUGUUGGCCACAUCAUAUUUCCAGUUCAUUAAGGUUUUUUAAAAGCAUACACAGAAGGUUUUGACAGCAAUUCCACCUUUAUAUGUAAAAAAGUAAAAGGUUUCAUAACCCCUGAGCUCAAAUGACAAUUAAUUUUUUUUUUUUUUUGCCUAAGUCAAGACCACAGUGCAUUGAUAUCAGGUAUUUUGGAGGAAUUUUGCACAUGUCUAUAUGGUAUGUCUAUAUUUAUGAAAAGAGGGAUGAUCACAUUAUAGUCAAUUUAGUGCAAUUAUGUGAUUAGGUUUCUUAGUGCAAUCUCAAUUGAUAUGCAGAUGAUGGACUAUUUUUACUUUAUAAAAAGGACAUUUCAACAGUGCAGCAGGACUGAUUACAUGCAUACAUAAAACGUUUUCCAUUUUAGGUCAAAUGAAUGCUUGCUUGUCUUUUGCCUAAUUAUGACUGUUGCGGUAUACCUGUUUUUGAGCAUAUACAACUGUUUUAUGUUCCUGAACACUUUAGCAGUAAAUCAAUGCACAAUUGUAUUUUAGAUACACAAUCUAUGUUGUGUGCUCAAAAAAAAAUUACACAAUUUGUAUUGUGUAUUGUAUUUGCAUUUGAGGAAGGUUGCCUGUCAUUUGUUUCUGUCAGACUUUUUUUUUUUUAAUGUAUCAUUAGCAGUGGUGGCACUAAGUUCAUUUACUGACCUAACAUAGCUCAUUAAAUCAAUAUUAAAAUCAAAAAUGUAUCUUCCUGCACAGAUUCAACAGUUGUGUAGAUUUCUACACGGACUAAAACACUUUCCGUUUAGAGUAAAUUAUUAAUGUAUAUUAGUUUUAUGUAAAAAUUUUUGAAAGAACAGAAAAUUUCAAGUCUAUUUUGUGGUUUAAAUAUGUAUGUACAUAUGAUAAUCUGGCAGUUCAUAACCUUACAUCUCUGUAGUGUAUAGAAAUUGUCGGUUUCUAGUUGCUGAGGGUAAACUGUUUGCAAAGAGUUGUUUUAUACUCUUGUAUCACAGCAUUUUUGUAGCAUGUUUUAAAAACAGUUAAUGUAUCAGCCACUUGUUGGUAUCGUGUUUUCAGUUUUCUUUCACAAAAGCAAACCAAGGAUUCUUUUAAAGAGGAUUAAUCUAACUACUGAUUCACAGUGAAGCUGCCAUUAUCCACAGAAAAUCCUUUUAGGCUAAAAAAAAAAAAAAAAAAAAAAAAAGGAAA